AUGGGUCUCUUCAACCACCACCACCACGACCACCAGGGUGGUCCCCCCGGCGGCCCUCAAGGAGGUCCUGGCGGCCCUGGCGGUCCUGGCGGCCCUGGCGGUCCUGGCGGUCCCGGUGGUAACUUCGGCGGCCCUGGAGGUCCUGGAGGCCCUCAAGGCGGUGGUCAUCACGGAGGUCCUGGCGGUCCCGGUGGUAACUUCGGCGGCCCUGGAGGUCCUGGAGGCCCUCAAGGCGGUGGUCAUCACGGAGGUCCUGGUGGCCCUGGUGGCCCUGGUGGCCCUGGUGGUCAUGGUGGUCCUGGCGGUCCUCACGGCGGCCGCUAA